CGCUGGCUCCCCUCCCUUCCCCCAGCGCGCACGGCGCACAAGCACAACACGGGCACGAGCUCGCGGUUCGCGCCCGGCCGGCGUACACAGAUCCUCCGUCCGUUGGCAUGGACCGCGGCGGCGAGAGGAGGAGCGGCGCGCACGGGGCGGCGGCGCCCAGGCCCUGGCGCGCUGGCGCCGCGCCAGCGGGUGCCGCUCCGCCGCCGCCGCCGCCGCCGAAGGUCUACCGCGUGGAGCCCAGGGACUUCCGGGAGCUGGUGCAGAGGCUCACGGGCGCCGGCAGCACGGCCGCCGCGCCGGGGCCAGCCGCGCAGCGGGGGGUGGUGACGCCGGCGAUGGCCCCGGAGAGCAGGCGCCUGGAGGCGGCUGCCGCCGCGGCCCCGGAGCAGCAGUUCGAUUACGCGUCGUGGUACUCGGCGCCGCUGCUCAGCCCGGCGUACGGCGCGGGCGGCUUCGGCGGCCACCAGCUCUAGCGUAGAAACAGAGUCUCGUUGUUUUAUUUGUGAAGACAGGUUCGUUCGAUCACUUGUUCGUGUUCCGGAUCUCAUUUCCCUUCGCUUUUGGGUUGUGCGACAGCCUUCUUGUAACGCGAAUGAACUCGAUCGAGGAAUUAGACAGCUAGUCCUUUUUUGAACUAUGAUUGAAACAAAAAUAAAUCAAGCUUGGUACUAUCUUUGUUGCCUGGGUUUUGUAUUCAGUGAUGAUAGCAUCAUAGCAUGCUUUGGCUUUUUGCUAGCACAUGUAACCAUUGAAUCA